GUAACAACAUAAACAACAGCAGGCCUCAAUUCCCCGUUACAGUACAGUACUGUACUCUCAAAUGCCGUAAUAAGCAGCUGCUGCUGAAAGAGGAGGAGCUAGGAGAGCGAGAAUGCGAGUCCGGAGGACUUAGUGCGACUGCGCAGGUUCAUUGUGACUGGCUGGUCAGGCUUGGGAAUCCCCUGCACAUUUUUAUGGGAUGAGCUGUAAGCUGCCUUUUGCUACCUUGCUCAUGGGACUCCUGCUGACAAGAACCAUGGCCUGGACCUCGACUGGGAAGACACAUGCGGAACUGAUCAACAAUCUUUACAAAAAUGGUGUGAUUAAGUCUCAGCAAGUCCUUAAAGUGUUGUUGGCAACAGACAGAUCCCACUAUAUCAAGUAUUUUCCAUAUAUGGACACUCCUCAGUCAAUUGGGUACAAGGCAACCAUCAGUGCUCCUCACAUGCAUGCUCAUGCCCUUGAGUUACUGAAGGACCAGCUAGUGGAAGGAGCAAAGGCGUUGGAUGUCGGAUCAGGAAGUGGAUACCUCACAGCUUGCUUUGCAAGGAUGGUGGGUCCUACAGGGAAGGCAGUGGGAAUCGAACACAUUGAACAGCUGGUUCAUGAGUCCAUCAAAAACCUCAGAGAAGAUGAUCCCUCUUUGUUGAGUUCUGGCCGAGUGAAACUUCUAGUUGGGGAUGGCAGAAAGGGGUACCCUGAAGAAGCCCCUUACGAUGCCAUCCAUGUUGGAGCAGCUGCGCCCACAGUGCCAAAGGAGUUGCUGAAUGAGCUGAAACCAGGAGGACGACUAAUUUUGCCCGUAGGGCCAGAGGGUGGAAACCAGGUUUUGAUGCAGUAUGACAAAACCAAAGACGGGCAGAUUGUGGAAAAGCAGCUGAUGGGUGUGAUAUAUGUCCCUCUGACAGACAAAGAGAAACAGUGGCCUCGGGGUGAACUUUAAAGAUCUUAAAUCACUUUUAAAGGAUCUUUGGAAAACCUGUGAACUAUGUUUGGAAAGAAUAGGCAUUCUUAUGCUGUGCAGAUAAAUGCAUAAGCCUCUGCUUCUUAAAUGGACUUCUUUAAUACUAUUAAAGAUAACAACUCUGGUAAUGUGAGGGAAGCUAGGAUCAGUCCUUCCACCAGACUAAUAGAUUCAUUUCCUGUUAACUCCAAGAACUCUUGGAAUUGGAAGGCAAAGCAGAGUGAUAGGUUCAAGACUGAUAACUAGCAUCAGUCCAGCUGUUUCAUAGGAUACAAAAAAAAAAUCCUGCAUGCAGAAGCAAAAGAAAAAGUUGAGGUGGAUGUUUGUGCACAAUAUGCCUUUUUAUUAUGCAAGGAAGCAAUCCUUAUAUGGCCGUCUGCUGUUGGGAGAAUAAUUUAAUUGGUCUUCUACUUCUGAAAAAGUACAUAACUGAAAAUAGCCCACAAUUGUAACAUCUCAAUCUAAUAAACUAAUGAACUUGGA